AUAUAUAUAUAUAGAAGAAGCUAAUGCUUCAUCUUCUGCAAAUCUUCUGAUUAAACUCUCAGUCUGCUCACUCUUCUCCUCCCCAGUCCCCAUACCCAUCCCUUUCUCCAGCUUUUCAGUACUUCUCUUUCUCUUCUCCAUUUCUCUCUGAUCUGAUCUGCUUCUGUUUUCUUCAAUUCUCCAUUUUUAUUUCUUUUUGAGAGGUCUUGAGGAGGCAUAAUGGAUAUUGAGUUCUUGAAGUCUGCUUCUGAGGACCAGCUAGAGAUGAUGCUUAUGAUGCAGAUGGAGAAGCUGCCGCCGGAAUUUUCCUCCGGCGCUUAUUCCGACGAUAUCAGCGGGAUGCAAAUGAUGAAUUUCAGCCCCCAGUUAAUGGAGCAUAGCAGUUCAUCUUCGCCGGCGGGAUUUAUGGGCAUGCCGUCCACCAUAUCCUUCACCGCCUCUCCCCCCACUCAUGACCAAGUCGCCGGAGAGUUCUCUGGUUUUCCGGCGUCUCAGGCUCAGAAGCGGUCCACCUCCAUGGCGGCAAUGAGGGAGAUGAUAUUCCGGAUAGCCGCCAUGCAGCCCAUCCACAUCGAUCCGGAGACGGUGAAGCCGCCGAAGCGGCGCAACGUGAAGAUAUCGACGGAUCCCCAGAGCGUGGCGGCGCGGCACCGGAGAGAGAGGAUAAGCGAGCGGAUAAGGAUUCUGCAGAGACUCGUCCCCGGCGGGACCAAGAUGGACACGGCUUCCAUGUUAGACGAAGCCAUACACUACGUGAAGUUCUUGAAGAAGCAGGUGCAAUCGCUCGAACGCGCCGGCGCUAGUCGGCCUUCCGGGAUAGGUUUUCCGGUGCCGAUGAACGGCAACUAUUUUCCGAUGACAACUAAGGGCUAUCAUCAUCAUCCUCCCCAAAAUAAUGUUCAGCAUUAUGCAGAUCCUCAGUUGACUAAUUAGAUGCAUUAUUAUGUAUGCUUGUUCUACUGUUAUCUAGCCAGCCCAUAAAUCCAUAAUGCUGUAAUCAUACUCCAAUACUUUGAACUUUUUUUUUUUUUUGAAAUGACGAGGAAAUCAACAGUCAUUA